AUCGCGGUGAGUGUUCCAUUUACCGACCCCCACAAUAACUAAAGAGCACUUGUGUAACCGUCAGACCGUGGGAUGCAAGCUAUACACAUUUUGUGAGCCUGUUAUGGAGCUUUCUGUAUCUGUGAAAAAUUCUGAAGGUAUUUUUAAAUCUUAAAAUAAAUAAGCAAAGAUGAUUGAGGGUGAUGGCAUACAUUCUGAUGAACGAUCCCAUCUGAUGGAUACUGAUGAUCGAGGUCAUCAAAACCUGUAUGCAGUAACGUAUGAGGAGGCAAUAAGCAAAACAGGUAAUGGAAAAUUCCAUUAUUUGGUGCUGGUGUUGUGCGGCUGGGCUGUGUCUAGUGAUGCCAUUGAAGUUCUCUCCAUCUCGUUUGUUUUACCAGCAGCACAAUGUGAUCUGAACCUGUCUUCUAACGACAAGGGAUGGCUCAACUCUAUCAUAUUCGUUGGUAUGAUGUUAGGUGGAUAUGGCUGGGGUUCACUCGCAGACCACUUUGGACGUAGACAGAUCUUACUUGGUUCACUGACAGUCAAUGGACUUGGAGCACUUUCCUCAAGUUUCUGUCAACAGUUUUGGGUUUUCUUGUUGAUGAGGCUGAUCAGUGGAAUAGGUGUGGGAGGAAGUAUUCCUGUCAUCUUCUCAUACUUCACCGAGUUCCAGCCAAAAGACAGACGAGGGACGAUGAUCAGUGUCCUAGCUACGUUCUGGAUGUUUGGUAACAUCAUUGCAGCAGGGCUGGCCUGGAUCAUUGUUCCACUAGAUAUUGGCUACUCCUCACCAGAUUUCACUUAUGACAGCUGGAGAAUCUUUGUUGCAAUCUGUACAUUUCCAAGUCUGUCUUCAGCUGCCCUUUUCUUCCUGAUGCCGGAGAGUCCCAAAUUCCUGCUAACUGUUGGUAAAGAGGAGCAGGCAGUUGCUGUGCUAAAAAAGGUCUAUGAGGUUAAUAAUCCGAAGGCUCUGCUGCCAUUCGAUGUUGAAUCCAUUGUGUUGUCAUCAGACAGCAAAACAGAUGCACUCCACCGCUCCCGUAGCAACAAGGACGUCAAAAGGACAUGUGGCUCAAAGUCUGUGACACUGCUGCUCAACACUACAUUUGAACUAGUUCGUGCCCCCCUUCGUCGUUCCACAAUCAUUAUGCUUACAGUUUCAUUCACCAUUAGUUUUGGAUACUAUGGACUGUGGAUGUGGUUUCCAGAGUUGUUUUCUCGUGUAGAGAAAUAUGGUGGAUCUCCGUGUGACCAUGUCAAGGAUACUAAUUCUACAAGUCAGGACCAGAACUGUACCAUACCGGAUAACUGGACGUACCAGUCCGGCUUCCUCACAGCACUGUCUAACCUGCCUGGAAACAUCUUUACUAUAUUUCUUAUGGAUAAACUUGGCCGAAAAGCAAUAUUAGUGACUGGAAUGCUGGGAUCUGGUGUGGCUGUGUUCUUCAUCCCUUUAAUCCAUAAUAAGAUAGAGAACCUCCUGCUCUCCUGUGCAUUUGGUCUGAUCUCCACGCUGGCCUGGAAUGCUAUCGAUGUACUUCAGGCUGAGCUGUUUCCUACAGGAGUCAGAUCAACAGCCAUGGGAUUGUCUUCUGCAGCAAGCAGAGUGGGCGCAAUCCUAGGAAAUCUGGCGUUUGGGGAAUUAGUGGAUGUCCAUUGCGCAGUACCUAUGAUACUGGUAUCUGUACUUCUUGUCUUGGGCGGACUUACCUCUCUAAAACUGCCCAAUACAACCAGAAUAGACAUUCAUUGACCACUGUGUUUCGGACUUAAAUGUGACAUAUUCAUGGCAUGUAUUUAUACAUGUAUUUCUUAGUUAUUUAAAUUAUUAUUAUCAAGCACUUUGAAGGAUGUUUUUACAAAUCUUGGCGGAUUGUCCCUGAUCCAGUAUGAAUCUUUAUUGUACAAAGAAGUCCCCUUCAGGAAAGUAGCCCUGACCUGGAGAAUGCUAUAUAAAUGAAGGGUAUGCCUCACAUAGCAAUAGUGUCCCAAACAGGGACAAUGUUUAUAUACUCGGUAAUAGUGUCAAUCUUUGUAAUAUAUAUUAGUGAAGACUUCUAAGCUUCAAUAAGGCAGAAAUGGUAGUGUACUUAUGAUCUUUUUUAAAUCUUAUUAAAAACAAAUAUAGCUUGUAAUCCCCCGAGGCAGGAAUGGAUGUGUUCAAUAUAUAUUAUGAUAAUAAGUGCCUUUUGCUGAAUAUCUGCAUAGUUUCAGCCUGUUUUAUUAUUAAUUUCAAAUGGUUUUUGACAUAAUAUAGGUAAAAUGUUUUAACUUUAUGAAGUAAUUAAGCUGCAUGUGUGCAAGUUAUGAUAGAGAAAUUAUUAUGAAUUUUGUUGUUUUUACCUUCAUGGAAAUUUUGACUCAUCUAUCAGAUACAGAUUAUAAUACAAUUCUCUUGACAUGGUAAUUAACAGGCUUAAUGUUGACAGAUAGAGCUGAGGUGAUUGGUUAAUAGACUGGGUUACCUGCCUUUGAUUGGUUAAUAGACUGGGUUACCUGCCUUUGUCCAUUUCUCUUUGUUAGAGUCAUGCACUCUUGAAUACUAAGAUAGGUCAGAGCUGCCAUCUUGUUCAUGAUCUUGACCGAAUAAGCUCUGAUUGGUCAAUUCUGUCAGUGAAUUGUUGGUUUGAUUUAAGGCUUUGGAUUCCCUCUUGUUUACAAAGGUAUUAUUUGUGAGAUGAAGCCACAACAUUGUUUAGUAGGCAUGCUGUGUUGUAAAGGUAUAGGAAAUUGUCCAGAAACAUUUAUUUCAAUUUCAGCAGCUACUUUCAGGUAGUGUGUGUGAAAUAGAAGGUCUCAGUAUUUUAUUCUGCUGUAAAGUAUCAGAAACCUCAAGCAGAUAACAACCUUGUUCGAUUUGAACAGUCAAUGUACAACCAACAGUAUGCAGAAUUAUUUUCCAUGGACACACAAGUAAAUGUUCAGGAUUAUUGACCAAUUUAUCCUAUAGACUAGAGAGUCAUGUGACUUACAUAGAUAUUAGCCAAUCAAAAUGACUGGAUUUUUUGCCUAGACCUUUGGUUUUGUGGAAGACCAAGGGAAUCGCAUUCCUGCAGAGUGCCCUGACAGGAAUUGGACCCAGAUCUCAGGCGUGAGAAUCUGCAGUUGUACCACCUGAGUCAAAGAAACCUAGUUACUCUGUUAGCUAAGUGACAGAGACCAUAUUUAACACUAUGUACAAGCCACACUGACCCACUCCUUUUACUGUUUUAUUUUCAAAGGGAAGAUAGGGUGACUGGUUGACAGAGAGAAAGAUGAGGUGAUUGGUUGACAGAGUGAGAUGAUUGGUUGAUAGAGAGAUGAAGUGAUUGGUUGACAGAGUGAGAUGAUUGGUUGAUAGAGAGAUGAAGUGAUUGGUUGACAGAGUGAGAUGAUUGGUUGAGAGAGAAAUGAGGUGAUUGGUUGACAGAGUGAGAUGAUUGGUUGAGAGAGAAAGGAGGUGAUGGGUUGAUAAAGUGAGAUGAUUGGUUGAUAAAGAGAUGAGAUAUGCUAUGAGCUGGAAUAAUUAAAUUCUGUGAUACGUUUUGUACAUUGUAUGAGGAACAUUUAAUAGAUUCUGUUAUAAGUGUCAUAAAUCAAAUGUACGAUUUAUAUUGUUGAUUUUUUAAUAAUGCAAAUUUUGAAUAACUUAUGUGGAAAGUUUCUUCAGUGGUCUACAGUACAUAAGUACUGUAAGGUCCACUGUGGGGUGUGCUGCCUCCCAAGAAUAAGAUCUCAGAACCAGUGUAAUAGCCAUCCUAACUUAUCAUUUUUGAAUAGGGUCUGAAGGCCAUGUUUGCCUCUGUUAGCGUGGUUCUUUCUUGUAACAAUCCAUCAAAGUAUUCCUCCUUGGCAGAAACAUACCUGUGCUGUGGAAGGCCCAGAGGUACAUUCUCUUUGGUAAACUUGCAAGACACUGGAAUAUUGCAGCACACUUUUGGAUUCAUACUUUGUCCUAGAUAACAUUUCAUCAUCAAAGGAAACAAGAAUAAGUCACAGGAAAUCAGGUCCAUUGAACAGGAAGUCAGGUCCAGUGAACAGGAAGUCAGGUCCAGUGAACAGGAAGUCAGGUCUAGUGAACAGGAAGUCAGGUCCAGUGAACAGGAAGUCAGGUCCAUUGAACAGGAAGUCAGGUCCAGUGAACAGGAAGUCAGGUCCAAUGAAUGUUGGGUGUGCUGCCUCCCAAGAAUAAGAUCUCAGAACCAGUGUAAUGGCCUUCAUAACUGGCCUGGCUAUGUUUGUGUUACCAUUCUUACUGACCCAUCUGUGUUAUCAAAUCAGCAACAUAAUAAUUAUGUGCAAUUUUAGUGUCCACUUCUGCAUGUAUAAAUUUUGGAUUUACAUGAAAUUUUUUAUUUUUUAGUGAAUAUUUCAAAUUAAGUAUUUAAUCAUUCAGAAUUCUAUCACUAGUACAUGUACCAUUCAUCAGUGCCCAUCUUAGUAUGUUAUGUUAAAAUUUUGCUAAUGCUUUACUUUUGAUAUCCCUUUGUGGUGAGCAAAGGGGCUGUGGUGUUUCAGUGUCUAUUUGUACGGGAGUGUUGUAGUGAAAAUGUUUUUUGAAUGGUUUGUGUGCCACUAGGUUUUAUACAUCUAUAUUAUUAUAUGUACCUAUCAUGUAUCUCUUUGUGUUGUGCUGACUAUUAAUCUUUGUCUUUUGGUUGUUUUGUUGUUAUAUUGUUUGAUAAUUGUUAAGCAGGAACCAGAGGGAUUUAGAUUAGAUUUCUGUAGUCAUGUGAGGAUGAAUCCCAACAGAAUUCAUUUACAGUAACAGUGUAAUGACUUAUUGCUCAAAACUGUACCAAUCAACUUAUAACUAUCUAACAUAUAUACUGACUUAAUCAUGCAAAUAUUUUGUGAUUGUUGAGAUAUACAUUUGGUACAUCACAUUUUAAAGAUCAAUACUCUUCAAAAAGUA